GUCCAUUGAAAUGCUCUGUGUAUGUAGUAGUCACACCCUGUUCUCUCACACACACGGUUUUGUCCCUUGUAGGCCUGCUCUAUCAGAGACGCUCUGUGCCAGAGGGCGCGUUCACUGCGGCUCUGUGGAGCGCGCACCCGCGCAGAGCGAGAGAGAGUCCGCGUUGCUCUCAUCUGCUUCGGUUCCCGAACGUCUACACCAGGCGUGAUUCAUGAUCAAGUGUUCAGGAGGAAAGGAGUACAUCUCUCACACUCAUCAUGGCCUCUGUAUCGGAGUUUUAUGCGGGGAAGAACGUUCUGAUCACGGGUGCCACAGGCUUCAUUGGGAAGGUGCUGAUGGAGAAACUCCUGCGCUCGUGUCCGGACGUCAUGGGCAUUUACAUUCUCGUGCGGCCCAAGGCGGGCCAGUCCAUGCAAGAUCGCGUUCAAGACAUGAUGAAGUGUAAGUUGUUUGAUCGUGUGCGUGAAGAUCAUCCGGAGUUUCGCGAGAAGAUCAUUCCCAUCAGCAGUGAGCUCACGCAGCCGGAGCUGGCCAUCAGUCCAGAGGAUGUUCAGAAACUCACUUCAUGUAUCAAUAUCAUCUUCCACUGCGCCGCCACCAUCCGCUUUGAUGAACCGCUCAAGCAUGCGUUGCAGCUGAACGUCAUUGCCACGCAGCAGCUCCUCUCUCUGGCGCAGCAGAUGCAGCACCUGCAGGCGUUCAUCCACAUCUCCACCGCAUACGCCAACUGCAACCGCAGACACAUCGACGAGGUCGUCUACCCUCCGCCCGUCGAGCCCAAGAAACUCAUCGACUCGCUGGACUGGAUGGAUGACAGUAUCGUCAGUGACAUCACACCGCGACUGAUAGGUGACCGACCCAACACGUACACCUACACCAAGGCGCUGGCGGAGUGUGUGGUGCAGCAGGAGAGCGGCAAACUCAACAUUGGCAUCAUCCGACCCUCCAUCGUUGGGGCAAGCUGGCAGGAGCCCUUUCCAGGCUGGAUAGACAACUUCAAUGGACCAAGUGGCAUCUUCAUUGCUGCAGGGAAGGGAAUUCUGCGCACCAUGAGAGCUAGUAAUGACGCAGUGGCGGAUCUGAUUCCUGUCGACGUGGUUAUAAACCUAACGCUGGCUGCUGGGUGGUAUACCGCGGUACACAGACCAAAAACUGCACUUGUGUACAACUGCACAACAGGCGGCAUUAACCCCUUUCACUGGGGUGAGAUCGAACAUCACGUGAUAUCAACAUUCAAAAGGAAUCCUCUGGAACAGGCCUUCCGUCGGCCAAAUGCCAACAUCACCUCCAAUUACCUGAUCAACCAGUACUGGAUCUUCGUCAGUCACAAGUUUCCCGCCCUCAUCUAUGACCUCUUCCUGCGACUGUCUGGACAGAAACCACAAAUGAUGCGUAUUUUCAACCGGCUGCACAAAGCGAUCGGUCUACUGGAAUACUUCAGCAGUCAGGACUGGGAGUGGAAAUCAGACAACAUGACGAUGCUAAUGAGUCAAAUGAGUCCAGAAGACAGGAAGACCUUCAACUUUGACGUUCGUCAACUGAACUGGCCGGAGUACAUCGAAAAUUACUGUAUCGGCACCAAGAAGUACGUUCUGAACGAAGACAUGUCCGAAAUUCCUGCUGCCAGACAACACUUGAGGAAGCUGAGAAACAUUCGAUACACGUUCAACACAGUGUUGCUGGUGUUUAUCUGGCGAGUCUUCAUCGCACGCUCGCAGAUGGCCCGAAACAUCUGGUACUUCGUUGUGAGUUUGUGCUUCAAGUUCCUGUCGUACUUUAGAGCGUCGAGCACGCUGACCCAAUGACCCCAGAACACAGGAUGUGUGUAUCCUCCUCCCCUGGGUACAAGAGAGGUGUAUUCAGCCUUUGACACACACACACACAAACACACACACACACACACACACACACACACACACUUGAUCCACACUGAUGCUUCUUUAGCUUUCCUCACCGGUUGCUUAUCCAACCCCACCUUAACGCCCUCUUGUUGACACGUGCUCUAUUUUUAAAGUUGUCCUCUUUUAUAACGACUGUACUUAAUACCAGUUAUAUAUGCAACCGCGAUUUACAGUGUUUCUUUAUGUUUUAUCGGCAUCCAAAGUCUGGAGACGUUGCCUUUUGUGUCUUCUGAUUAUUUUAGCCUUCUUGAAUACAGUGUUCCAUCAACGGAUGAUUAUUAACAAGUGAACUUUGAGGUAUACUUGACUUGCCAAUGAAAAGCUUUGGUGAUUUCGGCGUAUGUGUUUGUGUAUUGUCUGUUUGUUUAUCCGUUGUAAUGUGUCUAAUCUGUUCUAAUACCAUGUAAUCAAGCCACAAAACUCUUUUACUCUGGGUCAGGUUUCUUUUUUCUUAGUUUUUUUAGUUUUUUUCCAGAGGGAAGGGCAAGUAAAAAUGUCUGAUGCAUGCAGAACAUACCACUUUUUUCUGUGUUGUUGUUAUGAGUUAUUACAAUUAUAUGUCCAUUAUUUUAACAUAAACACCAUUUGGGUUAAUCCCACUGAAACGUCCAGGUCAUAUUUCAACCUGAAAUCAAAAGAAAAAAAAAAUUGCAUAAAGAAAAUGAAACCUUUAAGACGAUUAUGAUUUUUUUCUUAAUCCUAACAACAGAUUUCUUCACUCAAAAAAAGUAUUUUAAGAUUUACGCAUUUCAAUUUUUAUUUGUACGUUUUAUUUAUUUUGUUAAAAAUGUAACAAUUCAAUUUGAUGGAAUUUUGUUAAGAAAUUUAAAUGUCAAAAUCUUACAAUUAGGCUAAAUGUAUUAUUUAUUUUUUGAGUGUUUUUAUACUUUUCACUCAAAACAAUAAUUGUAAAAUUUACCCAUUUAAUUUCAUAACAAAAUAGUAAUCUUUAAUAAAAGUUUUAUUUCUUUAAUUUUGUUCAACACUACACAAUUCUGUAGCAAUAAAAUUGAAAUGUGUAAAUCUUAAAAAUAGGCUAAAAUGUUUUUUUUGGGGGUGUUGGUCCAAACAAUAACCUUUUUAACCAUUUUCUUUGUGGAAAAAAAAACUAUUUCGAUUUUUGGGGUGAAAUAUGACCCAGACAUGUACUUGACAUGUUUCUUGAUAUUCACCCAAUCAUGUCUGUUAAUUUGUAUGUUUGGAUAGCGGUACACUGAGCUUGUAACAUAUGCAUCUUUUUUUCAAGAUCAUUAUGUGAGUUAGAGAAGAAUAUUCUGUCUGCAGAUGGGCAUAAGAAAGAUUCCUUGAUCUGUAAACAUUCAAAAGUAUAUAAAUAUAUUCGUUUUCAGAUUAAGUCAUUAUAUGCAUACCAAAAAAUGUACAAAUGUAUAUGUGCGAGAGUGAAUCAAAUGGCUGGUUAGACCGUCUAUUUCCAAAAAUGGGCUUCCCAUAUUUUUUAAAGAAAAGGUAAAAAAUGAAGAAAAAAUAUUCAGAGAUACUGUUUAUUAUAAAGCGAUGAGUCCUGAUUUCAAUGUCUUUUUAUUAACUACUAUUUAAAGUGCCCUAUAUAGAAUUAAAAGGGACCGUUUUUGUAAUCACGGGCCAACCUUCAGACAUACGUGUUUAAAGUCAACAUGAAAUCAAAAUUGACCUUGUUUACUGUCUGAACGCACAUUCCUGGUGUUAUUGUGAACAAUUCCAUCUGUGCAUGUUGUUCCACAGAAAAUAAUGUUAUCUUCAUAAUCUGUCUUCCUUCCUUUUCGGAUGACAUCAUUAAUAGCUCUUUAGUUUUCUAUUCCCAAUGGAUAAAAUUGGGUGCCGCAAUAUAUUCUCAUUGAAUUUCCAUUUACUCCGCAAUACAUCACAUUAAUGAAGUCAAAUGGGUUGUGGACACCAUUCCAUGUUGACUUUAACAUCACACCUUAUAACAAAAGAGAAAGUUUUGCUUCCUCAAAACGAAAAAAAAAACACAGUUUAUGCAUUUCAUAAGGGAACGUCCCUCAAAAAUAUUUGAAAAGUUCUGGUAGUGUAGAACGUCUGUAUGCAGCACGCCUGAGGUUCUUCCUGUCUAGAAACACUUUUGCUAAUCUGUUAUUGGUAACAAAGUUGCUUUUUCACCUUUGCUCAAUUUCUGAAGCUAGUUUAUUUACAUUUGCUGUUUAAAGCUUUGUGAGAUAGAUUAAAAAAUGUGUAUUUAUCAAGUUUUAUGAAUCAACUGCUCUGCCAGUGGUAAAAUAUAAACUAAUAUUCCAUUUUCAAAUUCAUAUGAUUUUACAGCAUCCAGUUGGCAUGAUUAAUUAACACUAUUUGGACAGUAUCAUAAGUCCUGCUCUGGUGGAAUUAUUAGCUAUAUAAACAACAGGCAGGGCUUUCAUUUUUGUACUCUGUCCUCUGGUGGUCUGUUGCCAAAUUGUAUUUUUAGAUUGCAGUUUCUAAGAAGCUUCGCCUUCCGUUGUCUGGUAAUUUCUAUGUUUCGUGCACAGUGUUCAUCAUCGACAACAACAGCACGUCUUCCUCCGCUUAGUUUUGAGUCUUUUGAUCAACAGGUGAAAGAUCAUUUUACAUGCAAGAAGGGAAGCUUGUUUGUUAUUCUGCACGUUCGCAUUAGAAACAUAGAAACACUAGAAUUAGAAACACUAAAAUUUCCUCUAAGGACGAAUAGAGCAUUCCAGAACACAUAGCCAUGUUUUCUACUAUAAUGAAGCACCUUGAUGUCUUAAUAAUGACCACCCCUCGUUUUUAGCAAAGCUCUACUGCCAACGUGAUAUCUACAAUCUGUUUAUGCUCUCCCACAGAGACAAAUGAAACAUGUUUUUAUGACAUAAUUAGUGUUGUACAUGGAGUAUUACCUAGAGCAGUGGUUCUCAAUUGGUUUUGCAUUGGACCUCAAGUGGCAACUCAACGCAGUACCAAAAUUUUAGUAGUACAAAAAGUUGUUCAAUCUUUUGAAUUUAGCAUUGUUUCAGGACAGACCUGUCAGCCAUUACUGGGUCAGUUGAGAACCACUCAUCUGGACUAUUCUGCUCUAGUGCAAUACCAAAACUAUUGAGGUGUAUUGGGUUAUUUAAGAUGCACUGCUGUAACUCCCGAAUUUACUCUGAGGCCAUGAGUGGGAAAAAAUGUUUUAUGAAAAACUUUCCCCUGUACUGAAAAUGUUUCUUCUCCCUUGUAACAAGUGCAUGUUUGAUUUUUACAUACAGGAUUUACACAGCAAUGUCAUAGUUGUUAACAUGGAUUAUGACCUUUCUCUACUCACCAUUUGUCUUUGGUCUAAACUUUGUGCUGUCAAACUUGUCAAGUUGAGAUUCUUGAAUAAAAACUGCACUUUGA